AUGCUGGAGAGAGGAAGGAGGUACCAGGUCAGAGUCAGGGUCCGAGCCGACCCAGACAAGUACCCUAACUCUCAGUGGAGCAACUGGAGCCCCAGUGCAUCAUGGGUCUCCGCUAUGGGCCAGACAAAGCCACAGCCAACAGGUCUGCAGGUGAAGGCGUCUUCCGCCAUGGUGACAGAAGGAAAGGCAGUGUUACUGACCUGUAGAACCACCUGUACUCUGACUGACAACCCCACCUACAUCUGGUACAAGAACGGACAACUCGUAAACAACCAAAAUAACUACCUGUUCCUAGACCCAGUCAGCGGAGAGGAUGCAGGCAGAUAUUCCUGUAAUACAAAAGGGUAUGAGACUCUCUACUCUCCUGAAGAGACUCUCACUGUCAUUUAUGCUCCAAAGAACACCUCAGUGUCAGUCAGUCCCUCUGGUGAAAUAGUGGAGCGAAGUUCAGUGACUCUGACCUGCAACAGUGAUGCCAACCCACCUGUGGACAAAUACACCUGGUACAAGAAGAACGUAACCUCACCAAAAGCAUCAGGACAGAGUUACAGCAUCACUAACAUCAGCUCUGAGGACAGUGGAGAAUACUACUGUGAGGCAGUGAAUGAAGUUGGAGCGAAGAAUUCUACAUCUCAAUGGAUCAUUAUAGCAGGGAAACAAACAUCUGUGAAGAAUGCAGCUAUAGGUAUCACAGUGGUUGUUCUGGUUCUCAUCCUCUGUCUCUCUGGCUUCAUGUGGUUCAGGAAGAAGGCCACCACAUCCACCUCUGUCACGAGGGACACAGCAGACAAUGGACAGGUAAACUCAAGCCUUGUUCAUGACAACAUCUCAGGCAUGGCCAUGACCCCUGCUGCAGCACAAAGAGCAGACACAGAUGACCAGGAUGACGUUCACUACGCCAGCGUCCAUUUCUGUAACCAGGAAGUGCCUCUGUACUCUACUGUCCAACUGCCUCGACCCCAGAAAGAGGAUGAUGAUGUCAGUACGCUGCUGUGA